AGGAAACAGUAAUACCCUCCUUGUGUCCUCCCUGUGCAUUUGUUUCACUUUCCCUUCUGAGUUCCGCCGCAGUACCAAUUUCCCUCUUUCUUUUGUGUGUAAUGUGUAAAACCACGUCGUUUUGCAAAAACAAAUUUUGAAACCUCAUAUAUGCGUUAGCGUUACCCUCUGAAGUCUGAACUGAACACGAUCCAGAGAGAACCCCUGCUCCUUAACGACGCCGUUUCGCAAGCAUCAAUGGAGAAGGGAAAGGGAGUGAUGGGAUCGGGAGGAAGAAGAUGGGGCGUUGACUUCUCCGACAAUUCCACUUCUCGCGACAUUCCCGAUCCUCCCGGUUUCUCUCGCGCUUCUCUCGAUCAGGACGAUUCAACGCUAAGUCGCCAGAAGAAGGACGCUGAAUCCAACUGGAAAGCCCAGAAAGCUUGGGAGGUAGCACAAGCACCUAUGAAGAAUUUGCUGAUGAUGGGGUUCAUGAUGUGGAUGGCUGGUAGCACAGUCCACUUGUUUAGCAUUGGAAUCACUUUCUCAGCCCUUUGGCAACCCAUCAGUGCCCUACAGAGCGUGGGAAAGAUGUUUGAGCCCUACAAAGACAAUAAGGUGGAGCUUCUUGGACCUAAGUUGUUAUUCAUUGCCCUUAAUUUGGGCGGCUUGGCACUAGGUGUUUGGAAGCUCAAUGCAUUGGGGCUUCUUCCUACACACACAUCAGACUGGGUCUCAUCCUUGGCACCUGCUCAGGAGGUGGAGUUUUCAGGUGGCGGUGUAAAUUUGGGUUGAUUUGCGAGUUCUUUUCAUGCCCAGCUUGUCUUGGAGGGAAUUUAAGUAAACAAGGAUUGGGAUUCAGGCUUGGUGGUUAACAUUAUGUUCUAAUGGUUGUGAUGGCCCACGACGUGAAGCAUAACUGGUUUCUGAUUUCGAAAAAUGUUAUCAAUGAUUGCAGUCAUCAAAAUUGGACUGGGUUUGUAGUAUUAGAUUCAGGGUGCUCCGAAUAAUUUAGAGUUUUCUAUUUUUUUAGGAUUCUUAUAUUUGCACGUUACAAUUUUCCUAUAUUUUUUAUCGGGUUUGAUAUAAAGGAUAAUGAUGUACAAGAAUUUCCCUUGUAUUUAUGAAGCAUUAGCUAUUAAUUUCUUUUAUAUGCUUAA